UUGUGUACCGUUGCCAUAGAGACGGUGCGCUGGAGUCCAGCAUGGCGAACAAGCCGGGGAAGAAGGAAUUUCCGGGCAGAUCCCCACCGGAGAAAAGGAAGUCAAAGGUAAAUGAGCAGCCUACUCCACCAGUGCCCAUUGAACUAAGUGACACCUCUACAAGCAGCACGCUGACAGGAGAUGAAAUUCAGUCCCUGGCAAUCAGAUUUGGUGAUCUGGAGAAGCUCCAUCUUCCGCGGCGUCCCAAAGAAGAGCAGAAGUCCCCAGUCGCAAAUAGAGUUUUAAUUCGCAAACAUCAUGAUAAAGAGGAGAGUAGAAAAAGACAUCUGUUGGUGGCACGUCCUGCGCCACAAGAUUCUUCAUCCAAGGGACAAACAUUUUCAGGUAUGCCGUUACCUCUCAGUGCCACACAUGGUCAGCUUCAGCCGCAUAACAUUCUGGGGAGUUUGCAGGAGCUCAGAAAAGAAGCCACAGCAAGAGGGAACUUGCAGAUUGCUGAGCUUGUCUCAGAAUGGACAAAACCAGAUUUCCUGAACUUGGGAACACAUGAUGAGACGGGGAGACUCCAACAGAAAGACAUUAUCCACCGUCAUCACAAUCAGGACAACGCUCUACUCAACUGGCAGCAUCACAUGACCCUGAGGAAGAGGCAGCUGGACUCAUUAUCACGUCGCCUGGGUAAGCCUAGUGAGCAGCUUGCAAUGAACAUUUGUGAUGAUUACCGCAGCAUCCAGGAGGAGAGACAUGCUAUAGACCGCUGUAUCCCCGCGCUGGAGAGCGGCAAGGGUUAUCGUAUUGGAAGUGAGUUCUGGAACGUGCCUGAGCGGAUUGGCGAUGAGCUGAGUGGAUUGACAAUAACACUCACUCAGCAUGAACAUGGAUACCCAUUGCCUAUCACUCACAUAGGCAAGCCCUCUAGCAUCAAGCAGGAAACAGGUCUAACUGAACGCCCUCCAUAUUAUAACACGUGGGAUAAGAGUUUGUAUUUCCAGCAUCGUAGGCAUGAGCUAAAAGCCAUCAUGGAGGAACUCAACUUCACAAAGCCGGAUAUAGAUGGAUUGGAAGUAGUGGGACGAGGGCGGCCUUUUUCAUCUGUUUCUGCAAAACACUUCCCAUUAGUACAUGAGCAACUUGAAGAAACUCUUACAGAAGACAAGGAGAACCUGGAUCCUCUCCAAGAUUACCCUGAUGUAGUGGAAGAUUUUGUCCUGGGCCCGUCAUUGCUUUUCUGUGGGCAACCAGCAGCCUGGGUAGAAGAUCCCAUAGUGUCUCAUAGGGACAAAGCCGGCAUCUCUACACGUAUCACCUUCGAAGCUCUAGCUGGGGAGAAAGCCUCAUCGGUAAUAGAAGUGGUCAACAACGGAAGUGCGGCUGUUUGGUACGAGUGGAGGCGUCUGCCCAACACCACUAACCUGAAGGAAUGUCGCAAUGAGUCGCGAGUACAACGUUUCUAUUUCAACACAAAUGCUGGCGUGAUCCUGCCAGGAGAGACGCAGACCUUCCCUUUCCAUUUCAAGUCUCCGACCGCAGGGAUCUUUGGGGAGAGCUGGGAGUUCUGCACACACCCGGUGUUAUUGGCUGGUGCUCUGAUACAAGUGUCCCUAUGGGGAAUCUCUCUGUAUGAAGACAAGACGGCCCUGAUGAGGGAGGAGCUACAGAGGGAGAUGAAGUCACAGGAGGCCAAAUAUAUUGCUCAGAAGAUAUUACAGGAGAUUAUGAAUGGCGUGCGUAGCCUAGAACGUCCUCAGUCACCUCCCACAUGUGUAACUGAAGAAGAAAUGUUCCACCUAAUGAACCCAGAGUUACACUACAAGAAUCAGACUGUUCAGGAACUGCAGCAGUUAUGGAGGGAAUAUAUAUCCCCGGGCACACAGACAAGUGCCGUCCUACCACAAGAGGCAAUGGAUCCUGUGCCGGUCAUAUCCUACCUCCUAGAACAAAAUGACUCGGAGGCUAAAGAGGAGGCCAGUCUAAAAUGGAACUUGUCAGUUGUACAUCUAAAACAGGCUUCAGAUGUGAUCCUUGAGGAUGAACGACAAGAGACCUUCCUUUUCCAUGUAAACAGACUCGUCAGUGAACUGACCACACCGGCUCUGGAGUCUUCUGUGGACAUGUUGCAGCAAGCCUGUCUUCAGCUAUGGAGGGAUGCCAUAGAUAAACUAGUGGAACGGUCCAUGGAGCUACGAUUUGUACUGGGCAUGCCAGACAAGGAUGUGACAACAGAAUUUGUAAUAGAAGAAACAGUGGUGGAUCUGAAGCACGGGAAGGCAGGGAAAGAUGAGAAGAGAACAGGAGGGAUGAAAGACGAUAAAAAAACACCCAAAGGAAGGGACAGAGAGGAGAAAAAAGGUGGAAAGCAUGGAGGAAAGGAUCGAUUGGAAAAGGAGGACCGUCCUAGCAGCAGGAAGUUGAAGGGCAAGGAAGACAAGAAAUCCUCAAAGACGACAGCCCUCUCUGGAGAGAACAAGGAGCUGGUAUCAUCGGGAGACAGCCUGGACUUGUCUCCUCCACAGUCCCGUCUCUGCCAAGUGGAUCCAAUUAUACAAGAGAAGUAUCAGGAGAGCCUGUACACUGAGCUUUAUGGAAUCCUGGUCUCUGUGGCACAAGAUUUUGUGGCCAUUGCUGAAGACCUAAAAAGCCAUUCGACACCCAGCGGGAAUCUGGACACAUUAGAGAGCUUCCAGUACAUCAUUCCUCAAUAGAGUUUCACAUUCUU